UUCUGUAACAUCUGAGAGUCCCCAAUCCAUACAACACUCUGCACCAUUUCACACACACAGCAUGAGCCAAGCUCACAACAAAUGUCUUGCGAGAUGAUCCCAUUCCCAUUCAUUUUAGUGUUGCCAUUGGCAAUUAUUAUCAUGUGUCAUUUUCUCAAACACCUUGUCAUUUAUCGGUUCUUGCACUUGCGUCCAUCAACCUCUGCCAGCAGAGAAGCAAAUCAUGGUAGAAAUCGCUUCACAUCGCCAUGCUGUUGCUUCCUCAUCGUUGCUCUGGUUUGAAAUGUUGUUGAUGGUUGGGUCGAUGAAGGCAGGCAUCGAGAGGCCGCAGCAGCAGUCGGAGAAGAGGCAACGCGGCAGGCCGCCGCUACGCGCGAGGGCGGCCGCCCUGCUCUGCGCGGCCUGCUUCCUCCUGGGUGUGCUCUUCAGCAGGGGAGUCGACUUCCUGCCAUCGGAUGACAGAGCAAGAGCUGCUUCCUCUUCUUGCGAUCCGAACAUCGCCAACUCCGCGCAGGACUGCGAGCGCAACCGCAGAUUAGGCGAACCCAAUCCGAGAGACAUAAGGAGAGAAGUAUCGAACACCCGUCGAGCAAUCUGGUGAGCGCACUUCUCACGGACUCCCCGCCAUGAUCCGCUUUGCUCGUCUCAAUUCGACCUCUCUCUAUCCAUCCAUCUCAAGGUCCUUGGAAAAGUUCGUCGCAUCGUUGGAGACGGAACUGGCAGCAGCGAGGACGAACAGCCUCGGACGAGGCCCGAAGAAGGCGUUCGUCGUCGUCGGAAUCAACACCGCUUUCAGCAGCAAGAAGCGGCGGGAAUCGGUUCGAGCGACAUGGAUGCCGAGAGGAUCGAAGCUGAGGAGAUUGGAAGAGGAGAAGGGCGUGGUCGUGCGGUUCGUGAUCGGCCGCAGUGCCACGCCCGGAGGAGCUCUUGAUCGGGCGAUCGACGAAGAAGACGCAAAGACGAAGGACUUCCUGAGGCUGGAGCACUUGGAGGGAUACCAUGAGCUCUCCACGAAGACCAAGGUGUUCUUCGCGACGGCGGUAGCCACGUGGGACGCCGAUUUCUACGCCAAGGUUGACGAUGACGUGCAUGUCAAUCUCGGAAUGCUUAUCGCAACCCUUGCUCGACAUCGAACCACACCAAGAGUAUACAUUGGAUGCAUGAAAUCCGAUCAAGUUUUGUUCCAAAAGGAUGCCAAGUAUCAUGAACCAGAGUUUUGGAAGUUCGGAGAGGAAGGGAACAAGUACUUUAGACAUGCCACUGGCCAAAUCUAUGCCAUCUCCAAAGAUCUUGCUUUAUAUAUCUCCACAAAUGCGCCAAUACUUCACAAGUAUGCAAACGAGGAUGUAUCCUUAGGUUCGUGGUUGAUUGGCUUGGAAGUUGAGCACAUCGAUGAACGAGGAAUGUGUUGUGGAACACCUCCUGAUUGUGAAUGGAAGAUACAAAGUGGGGAUAUUUGCAUUGCAUCAUUCGAUUGGACAUGUAGCGGAGUCUGCAAGCCGGUCGAUAGGAUGGUGGAAGUCCACAGCAAAUGCGGUGAAGGGAAUGAGGCAAUUUGGAAUGCUCUUCCUUAGAUCACAUUCUAAUCACUGGUAAUAGUAAUUACUUGGCCUAAUAAAUCAACAAUAA